AUGAUUUUCUAUUUUUUGCUACUUUUGCCAAUUGGAUUCAUUGAAACACAAAGUUUAUGUAAAACACCAAAUGUGAGUUAUUGAAACUUUUGAAAAAAAAUUGAAAAACCAUCGAAAGUUUAGACUGUUUAUACAUGUUAUGUAUCUUAUUUGGAAAGAUAUGGAUAUCAUGGAGAUGGAAGUGGAUAUUUGCCAGCAUUUCAGAGUUUAGAUUAUCAAAUGAGAACACAUUCUUUGCCAGUUAUUUGCAGGUUUGAGUUUUUUUCGAUUUUGAAAAAUUCCUCAUGACAUUUUACAUUUUUGACAUCCAUAGUGAUAAGGUUACUGUGGAUUUUGAUUUUUAGAAUUUAGAUCUAUGGCACGUGGCAUUAGGUCACAUUUCCUCCAAAAUUACAGUAGUCUAGGCUCAUUUGGUAUCAAAAUGUUUUAAUUUCCAAUGUAAAUUCAAAAAACCACGUGGCAUCUUUUGAAAAUCGAAAUUUGAAAAAAUGGUCGAUAAAAAAGUUGUUCGGAGACAAUUCAUUUUUUGCUCAAAAAAAUAGUUCGAAAAUUUUUCUGAAACCUCUGAAUUCUGAACUCCCCAUUUUUCAGCGAUUUUGAUAAACUCACGAGUUGUUUGGGAUCAAGUUCAACAUACUGUAUAAGUUAUGAUGUAUUCUAUACAUUUACGCGAAAUCAACAAGAAGCAAUGUAUUAUCUGCAGAAUCAUGCAUUCUUUGAAUUUGUUUGUGGAAAUGGAAAAGAAUGUAAGCCUUUUCCCAAAAUUCCCCAAUUCCAAAACCUUUUUUCUUUCCAGUAUUUCUCCAAAACCAAAUAUGUAUUCAAAAAUCCCUCGGAAGAAUAUCACUAACAGAUCGAAUGAGAGAAUGUGGACAACCACAAUUUAUAACAAAUAUGCCUGAGAAAUGUCCAGAAAUUCUUGAAGUAACAAAUUGUGUACACGAGAAAAUGAGAGUGGAAUGUGGAGAAGUUGCGGGAACUGCGACAUGUGGAGCAGCGACGAAUAUUGAGAGAAGAAUGCAAUUUUUAGAUGCCGCAUGUUUAACAGAAAUGGACGUUAGAUGUAGCACUAAUCUUUUAAGUUUGAUGUUCUCAAUAUUAUUUGUUAUAACCUACUAUUUUAUCUAA